AUGAAAACUUACCGUGGACGUCUUAUGCAAUUACCCUUAACUAGAAGAAUGUCUUCGAGCUCGCAGAGAUUUCCCAUCUUGCAAAGAUUUCCUUUUGAGACGCAAAAUGGUGAACACUAUUGGGCUUAUAAAGAUAACGAAGCUCAUAGGAGCACAAGAGCGAAUUAUAAGGGUGAUACCUUUUCCCAGCAGUCGAAGUUGCCCUCUCUGGGAGUCCCCGAAUUGGAGCAGACUAUAAGCAAGUAUUUGCAAACGAUCAAACCUUAUUGUAGUGAAUCAUCGGAAUAUGCAAGACAAGAAUUGUUAUGUAAGGAUUUUGUUGAUAAUUUGGGACCCGUUUUGCAAAAAAGAUUAGUUGAAUUUGCUUCAAACAAGAGAAAUUGGAUGUCUGAAUUAUGGGAUAAUCAAGCAUAUUUGGAGUAUAACGAUCCCGUUACACCUUAUGUGUCGUAUUUUUAUUCUCAUAAACCUUUGCCUACAAGCCACAGGUCUAUUGAUUCGGAUCCAUUGUUGAAAGCUACUGCUAUCGUUGUUACUGUCUCACGGAUCAUCGAAUCUUUGAAGGAUGAAUCUCUUCCUGCAGAGAUUGUCAAGGAUUCCCCCUUUUGUAUGAACAGUUUCCAUCUAAUGUUUAACACAAGUCGUUUGCCAGGUUUGCCUCAGGAUAAUCGCGAUACGAACGUUUUUUACUCGAUCUACGAGAACAACUAUAUUGUUGUCGCAUACAAGGGUAAUUUUUAUAAACUUAUCACUCAUGAUCCUCAUACUGCCAAGCCCCUGGAGCCUAAUGCCAUCUGGACUCAGUUUUAUUCUAUCGUGAACGAAAAGAGUGCCCAUCUUAACAUCGAGACAAAUUCUGGUGUUGGUCUAUUGACGACUCUUGCGCGUGACCAGUGGCGCAGUGCGUACAGAGAUCUUGUUAAGAACCCUCUGUCGAAGGAAUCCCUAGAGGUUAUUCACAAGGCUGCUUAUUUGGUUGCGUUGGAUGAUUCUAUCCCUGUGACACUUGAAGAAAAAUCGAGGAACUUGUGGCAUGGGAAUGGGUUCAACCGGUACUUUGACAAAUCUUUACAGUUUAUCGUUGCACAAAAUGGUUCGUCUGGCUGCAUGAACGAGCAUUCGAAGAUGGAUGGUACGCCUACUUGCUUCUUGAAUGACUAUGUGUGUCGGCAAAUCUCAAAGUUGAAUCCAGAAACGUUUACAAAAGCAGUGCAUAGAAGCGCGAAAGAACAUGAAGUAACUCACUUGCCCUUCCUAAUUACACCUGCGGUGAAAGAGUGGAUUAACGUUGCGCAAGAUUCCUUCAAUGCAGAGAUUCUUCAACACGAUCUGCGUGUUUGGCAUUACAACAGAUUGGGUAAGAAAUUCAUCAAGAAGAAUGGUAUGUCACCGGAUGCCUUCAUUCAGCAGGUAAUUCAACUCGCGGUGUACAAAUAUUUGGGUAAACAGUUGCCCACUUAUGAAGCAGCUUCCACUAGAAGAUUCUUUAAGGGACGUACCGAGGCAGGUAGACCAGUAUCUGAACCAUCCCACGAUUUUGUCACCGCAUGGGAGAACCCUAAAUCUUCAACAAGUGAAAAGGUUUCACUGUUGAAGAAAUCGGCCAAGUUCCAUUCUGACUACUUGAAAGCUGCCGCAGCAGGCCAAGGUGUGGAUCGUCAUUUCUUUGGUCUAAAGAAUAUGCUGACCUCAACUGACUCAGUACCACCUUUGUUCACAGAUUCCUUAUUCAACUACUCUUCCACUUGGUUAAUCUCAACCUCACAACUAUCUUCCGAGAUGUUUGACGGGUACGGAUGGUCUCAAGUCAACGAUAAUGGGUUCGGUCUCGCUUACAUGUUGAACAACGAUUGGUUACACAUUAACAUCGUCAACAAGCCACUAGCCAGUGGUUUAAGUGUAGACAGGCUACACUACUAUUUAAAUGUGGCAGCAGAUGAGAUUCACGAUGCGUUGAUCGCAGAAGAAGGGCUCAAGGCCAAAUUAUAA